AUGUCAGAUGACGAAACGGAUGAGACCUAUAAUGAAUUUAUCAAAGAAUUUGGAUUGAAAUAUAAAUGGAAUAAUGACAACUUAUCAUAUGAUAUAAAAAUGAUCUCUUAUACUGAUAGUGAGGAUAUUCCAUCUGAUAAAAUGUCUAGGCCAAUUGCUAUACAACCGCUUGAUAGAAAUCAACUCACUGAACAAAUUUUAAAGCAUGAUCUUUCUAGACCUAUUUCUUCAGUGACAUCAGUUAAACUACAUGACGAGUCUAUCUUAAAUAACGCAAUUGAGGGCUCUAUGCAGAGAUUAGCUUAUUGA